AUGGUGUACGUGAGGGAUCUCCUGCGCGGUGCCAAGGACGCCAAGUUCACCGCCAAGCUCAAGCGCUCUGGACACGCCAACGUGCCCGGGAAGGGAGAAGGAGGCGAUCUCACCAUCCAGGACAUCGAGCGUAUUCUGCAUUACAUGGUCAUCGAAAGCAUUCUGAAGGAGCAGUUCGAAGUGCAGCAGCCGUAUGGAACGGUCAUCGCCUACAUGCAGAUCGGACCGAAUGCCGAACGAGUCGAGAGAGGCCAAAAGAUUGAGUUGUCGUUCGUCGUUGGCAAGAAGAAGGCCGUCAAGAGAGUCGAGGCGCCCAAGCAAACCAAGGCAGUGCGCACCGCCGCCGGCCAAAUCGAUCCACGCGACCUACUCAACGAAGAGAUCUUUAUGCUCCGACAGCAGCUUGUGUCCGAGGCGAACCAGGUCAACCUCAUGCCCUACAUGGUGUUCACUCAAACCGAGAUGCGCAACAUCGCUGACGCGCUUCCCACGACUCUCAAGGAAUUCCAAGCCGUCGGUAUGGGCCAAGAGAAGGUCAAGAAGUAUGGCCCGCGCGUCAUCGAGCUGGUCAAGACGUUCCUCGCCCAGUACCCUCAGAUGAAGCCCGUGGGCAGCGUUGGCUCCUGGGUCACAAAGCGAAAGCGAGCGCAAGGAGGCGAUCAGGACGAUGACGGAAGCGACGACGACUUCAAUCCUCCGCCUGCGGUUGGCACCAAGCGGGCCGCUCCCGCGCCCACCACUCAAGCCGCCAAGCGCGCGGCACGAGGCCGAGGCGCAGCGGCGGCGGGUCGUGGCGUCGGGUCAGCUCCGUUCCUGACGAACGCUGUAGGUCGAGGCGGACCGGCGGUUCGCGGCGGCAUGGGCGGUGGAGCAGCCGGGCGCGGCAUUCGGCCUCUGGUGCCGGUGCCGCUGGCCAAGCAGCAGCAAGCUGCCCAGCGAGGCUCCCCGCUCAACGCCUUCCGCUACAAGGGCGGACGCGGUGCUUGA